GUGCGGAGUCCAGUCGGUCCACGACACGGAGACCACGGAGCCGCGAGCCGCUCCUCGCGCGUGGGUUUUUACGACCGACGGGACGAGACGAGACUGGUGAAUGUGGACCACGCGCUCCGGUAAGGGACGGUGCGCGCGCUCGGAUGCUUUGCGCGCAGGCAGGACUUUGGAGUUUCCAACUGUUGCUGAAGUGGAUCCAAGUGUCUGCGCAGACUCAGUGGAGGAUGAAUAAAAGCGGGGUUCGUCCGUGCUCGUGCUCAGUGCUGUUGGGCUGAAGCCUCCAGUGUCAGUAGUUUGUCGCCCCCCUGCCCCCCCUCCCUCUGUGGGCUUGUGUUCUCGUCAUGGCCGUGGGGGGACCCUGGCUGUGGAUGCUCCUGGCUCCGGUCCUGGGGCUCCUCCUGCAGCCGGGCCGGGCUCAGUACGAGAAGGGGAUCUCCAUUCCGGAGCACGGCUUCUGCCAGCCCAUCUCCAUCCCCCUGUGCACGGACAUCGCCUACAACCAGACCAUCAUGCCCAACCUGCUGGGCCACACCAACCAGGAGGACGCGGGGCUGGAGGUCCACCAGUUCUACCCGCUGGUCAAAGUCCAGUGCUCCCCGGACCUGAAGUUCUUCCUGUGCUCCAUGUACGCUCCGGUGUGCACGGUGCUGGAGCAGGCCAUCCCGCCCUGCAGGUCCCUGUGCGACCGGGCCCGUCAGGGCUGCGAAGCCCUCAUGAACAAGUUCGGCUUCCAGUGGCCCGAAAGGCUGCGCUGCGAGAACUUUCCGGUCCACGGCGCUGGAGAGAUCUGCGUGGGUCAGAACACGUCAGACACAGACAGACCCACAUCCGACCCGACCCCCGACCUCCCUGAACUGGUCACCUUGCCCCCCUACAUCCGGCCCAACCAGCCCUUCUCCUGCCCCCUGCAGCUCCAGGUGCCCUCCUACCUCAACUACCACUUCCUUGGGGUGAAGGACUGCGGCGCCCCCUGUGAGCCCUCCAAACCCAACGGACUCAUGUACUUUCGAGAGGAGGAGUUGAAAUUUGGCCGUCUGUGGGUGGGCGUCUGGUCCAUCCUGUGCUGUGUGAGCACCCUGUUCACCGUGCUCACCUACCUGGUGGACAUGAGGCGCUUCCGCUACCCGGAGAGGCCCAUCAUCUUCCUGUCCGGCUGCUACUUCAUGGUGGCGGUGGCCUACAGUGUGGGCUUCCUGCUGGAGGACAAAGUGGUGUGUGUAGACCAUCUGAAGGUGGACGGCUACAGGCUGGUGGCCCAGGGCACCAAGAAGGAAGGCUGCACCAUCCUCUUUAUGAUUCUGUAUUUCUUCGGCAUGGCCAGCUCCAUCUGGUGGGUCAUCCUGUCCCUCACCUGGUUCCUGUCGGCGGGGAUGAAAUGGGGUCACGAGGCCAUCGAGGCCAACUCGCAGUAUUUCCACCUGGCGGCGUGGGCGGUGCCGGCGGUGAAGACCAUCACCAUCCUGGCCGUGGGUCAGGUGGACGGCGACCUGCUCACCGGCGUCUGCUACGUCGGCGUCUACAGCGUGGACGCCCUGCGGGGUUUCGUGCUGGCGCCGCUCUUCGUCUACCUCUUCAUCGGCACCUCCUUCCUCCUGGCCGGAUUCGUGUCGCUGUUCCGCAUCCGCACCAUCAUGAAGCACGACGGCACCAAGACGGAGAAGCUGGAGAAGCUGAUGGUGCGGAUCGGCGUGUUCAGCGUCCUGUACACGGUGCCCGCCACCAUCGUCAUCGCCUGCUACUUCUACGAGCAGGCCUUCCGCCGCCGCUGGGAGACCACAUGGCACAUGCAGACCUGCAAGCGCUUCGCCGUGCCGUGUCCUGCCGGAAACUUUGCACCGAUGACGCCGGACUUCACCGUCUUCAUGAUCAAAUACCUCAUGACCAUGAUUGUAGGAAUCACAUCCGGGUUCUGGAUCUGGUCGGGGAAGACGCUGCAGUCGUGGCGUCGGUUCUACCAAAGACUGAGCAACAACAACCAGGGUGAGACCACCGUAUGAAACCUGGACCCUCUGAGGACACGAGGACCGAGGACUGGAGAAAAACAUGGACCACAUGCGCCUCCGUCCUUCAUUUUCUUCUGAAUGUCUGACUCAUUUCUCCAACAUCUGUAAAUAUUCUUCCUCCAUGUAUUUAUGAGAACUUUCAAGUCUCUUUCUCCGUCUUUUUGAUGUUUGUUCUUGUACAGUUUUUCACAAUAAAAACCUAAACUUUG